UCUAACAACAUCUCAGGAAAAAAGUAUUUUCAUGUUUGUUGCUAUAAAGAAGACAUCAGUGGAAGAGCCUUGCCUAUCCUACUGGCUAAUUACAGCCAAAGUGACCAAAGCAAUAUAGAUAAAGUCGACAACUGUAAUAAUGAAGCAGGUUUAAAGGGAUACAAAGCAUUCGGUGUGCAGAACAAUGGUGAAUGCUGGACCGGGAUAGACGCCAUCUUUGUUUAUGCCAAAUAUAUAUGGUAACGAUAGUAGUUGUACGAAUGGUGUUGGUGGAGUGAAGGCCAAUGAUGUGUACUUCUUGUCGUUUAAGGUUUUGCAUGAAGGCUGCUUUAUUGAAGUUCUCGCCGAUAAGGCCAUGCCAGUCCUUGUAGCUAAUAAAAUCCCAAACGAUCGUGAUCCUGUGCAGAGCUGUACAAGAGCCGCUUGGAAAAAGGGAUUCACUAAGGUCUUCGGUCUACGGAACGGUGGGAAAUGUUGGUCUGGAAACAACGCUGAUUCUACUUAUAACAAACAUGGUGUUGCUACUGGAGCAUGUGGGUCAGGCGGCGGACACUUGAAAAUGGAUGUCUAUAGAUUCGAUAUGAGUGUUCCUACAACAUCUGUACCUCAAGCAACACUAACACCAACAGUGAUAACACCAACAACACAAGGAGAAAGUAAGAAAACAGACCAUGCUGGUCUUGGGUAGAAUAUUUGCCACAGCUAAUCCAAAAAGGUUGUCUAUUUAUGAAUAC